CCCCACUAACUCAGCCCACAGCUGUCGUGUUCUGCUCGGGACAGACCCUGCUGCAGCCUCUCACUGCAUUAUGGCGACAGAGUUCCACAACCUACAGGAGCUGAGGCACAGUGUAUCACUGGUAACUAAGGUGUUCAUACAGAGAGACUACUGCGAAGGGACCGUCUGCCGCUUCCAGACCAAGUUCCCGUCAGAGCUUGACACCAGGAUUGAGCCAACCCUGCUGGAGGAGACGGUGAAGACCUUGAACUCUUAUUAUGCGGAGGCUGAAAAAAUCGGGGGUCAGUCGUACCUGGAAGGAUGUCUGGCCUGUGCAACGGUUUACAUAAUCUUCCUGUGUAUGGAGACACGCUACGAGAAGAUCCUGAAGAAAAUCUCAGGCUACAUCCAGGAGCAGAACGAGAAGAUCUACGCUCCUCGAGGUCUGCUGCUCAUGGACCCCAUCGAGAGAGGCAUGAGGGUGCUAGAAAUCAGCGUCUUUGAAGACCAAGGCUCGGGCAGCUCCAGCCCCAGCAGCAGCAUGUCAUCAGCAGGCAGCAGCGCUCGGUGACUGGAGGACCAGCGCCAGGGUUACGGGUUCCACUACAGGGGCAGCGGGACAUUUACCAACAUCCGCAUGCUGAAGCAUGAGAGCACCAGGUUCUGAAAACAAGCGGUGAGAAAAAUGCAUAGAGAUGAGCCACAUCAUUCACGGUCUCCCUGCAGCAGAGGAAUAACACACCACCUCUGGAACAAGAGCCGGUUUACACAAACACACUGGAUACGCAACAGAAUCAACACAAGUGCAACACAACCCACACAAUAGCAAUAGGCUCACGCAGGACGAGCCAACAAUCAUAGAGUCUGUAUGGGGAAUAGAUUUCACUUUCCAGCAGCUAUCCAAACCACAAUAAUCCUCCUCUUUUUUUUUCCCAUUUUUCUUUUUUUUUCCAUUCACCUUUUCUCUCAUUCCUUCACGUCUCUUUCCAUGAGUCACACUC